UUCUCCUUCUUCUCCUCCUCCUACUUCUCCUCCUGCUACUUCUCCUUCUCCUCCUCCUCCUCAUUUAUUUCUUCUUCUUUUUCUUCUCCUUUUACUUCUAUUUUUCCUUCUCCUUCUUCUCCUCCUCCUACUUCUCCUUCUCCUCCUCCUUCAUCUCCUCCUCCAUCUCCUCCUCCUCCGCAUCAUCAUCAUCAUCAUCAUUAUCAUCAUCCUUCUCCUUCUCCUUCUCCUUCUCCUUCUGCUUCUGCUUGUCCUCCUCCUUUUCUUUCUUGUUAUUUUUCUUCUCAUUCUCCUUCUCUUAUUCCUUCUCCUUCUUCUCCUCCUCCUCCUCCUCCUUCUCCUGCUCCCCCUUCUCCUGCUCCUGCUCCUACUCCUGCUCCUCCUUCUCCUCUUCCUCCUCCUCCUCCUCUUCCUCCUCCUGUUUCCUUCUCAGUUGUCCAUUAAAUUUUCCUUUUCCUUUUGUUUCAGUUGGUGCCUUUUUCCUCAGCAUAUUUUUUCUACUUCUGGGAGCUUUGAUCACGUCAGGUCUGUUGUAUGCAUUCAACAAAAACGCUAGAAUGCUCGUGUCAAGGGUUCUUCCUAAACGCUUUUACUAA